AUACCAUUAAAACAUCUUACAUAGAUAAAAGAAACAUUCAGUGUAGCUGUAAUGAUUUUCAUUUCUUUUUCCUUUGCACUAGUGAAAAAUAAUCACUGCUAAAAAAAAAAAACAAUCCCAAUCAAAACAUUUUCUAGCAUAUUGCCCAGAUUUCUCCACGUCUAUAAAAGUGAUGAAAAUGCUCGUCUUCUAAAAUAUGAGAGGAAACCUGAAGAAAACUGAACCCAACCUUUCUUCAACUUCCCCUAGAGUGUUUUUUUUCUUCACCCGAUGGCACUUUUCUUCAAAGCGCAUCAAGUAUCGCUGCUAUUAAUAGCAAUCCUAACCGUUUCUGGUUUUUUCGGACCGAGGGUACAAGCCUUUAAAGCGCCCUUUCGGGCCAGAGACAUCUUGCCCCUGCUCCCCAGGCAGGUUUCGUGGCCAAUCUUGAACGCCCUGAACAACGCGGCGGAUUUAUUGCCAUCUUUUGUGGGGGCCGCCACCGCUACUAACGGUCCCACCACUUUGCACUGGAAAGGAGCUUGCUUCUACAAUAACACUGCUUGGCUGGAGUUCCACAAUAAAUCUGAGAGUGAAUUUGGGGGCGGUACUCUUCAUAUCAAGGUGAGUAACGCACAUAGUUGGACAUGUAUGGACCUCUAUGUAUUUGCAACUCCAUUUCGUGUGACAUGGGACUAUUACCUUCUGUCUCGCGAACACACCCUCGAAUUUAAGGAGUGGGAGUCACAAGCUGAAUUUGAAUACGUAAAAAAUCGGGGGGUCUCGAUUUUUCUCAUGCAAGCGGGAAUGCUGGGAACCCUUCAGGCUCUGUGGGAAGUUUUCCCUCUAUUCACAAACACUGUAUGGGGCGAAAAUUCGAAUCUUGCAUUUCUCAAAAAGCACAUGGGUGCUUCUUUUGAAGAACGGCCUCAGCCUUGGGUCACAAAUGUUACUGUUGACGAAAUCCACUCUGGCGAUUUUCUUGCACUGUCGAAAAUACGAGGUCGUUGGGGUGGUUUCGAGACAUUAGAGAAGUGGGUUACCGGUUCUUAUGCAGGCCACUCGGCUGUCUGCCUAAGGGACUCGGAGGGCAAGCUUUGGGUUGCCGAAUCAGGACAUGAAGAUGAGAAGGUGACGAACUUUACUCUUUCGGAAGUUCUUGUGGAAGUUGAGAAGCGUGGGUCGUCUUUCGGUGAAUUGUUGGCUAUUCCUGAACGAGACAAUUGGGUAUAUGCUGAUGGGAAAUCAACAUCUUGUGUUGCUUUUGUCUUUGAAUUGUACAAGGAAGCUGGAUUGUUUGGUGAGCUUGCAAACUCUAUUCAGGUCACAGAGUUCACGAUAAAGGAUGCUUACUCUCUUAAGUUGUUUGAAAACAACUCGAGCCGUUUGCCCACAUGGUGCAAUGAUGCAGACACAGUAAAACUGCCAUUCUGCCAAAUUCGAGGGAAGUAUAGGAUGGAAUUACCUGGAUACAACACCAUGGACCCUUAUCCUCACAUGAAUGAGAAAUGCCCUUCUCUACCGCCCAAAUAUUAUAGAACACCUGCCUGCUGA